AUGAAGUCUAUCAAUCGAUGGGUGUACGGACCAACCCCAGAAGAGAAAGUCCGAGCAUGGCAGCAGAAGCUGCGACAGGAAGAAAGACAACUAGAAAGGGAGGCUUUGAAUCUGGAUAGGCAGACCCAGAAGUCACGCUCGGAGCUGAAGAUACUGGCCAAGAAGGGAGACGUCAAGUCUGCGCGGAUACUAGCCCGGGAGGUGGUACGCGCGAACAAGCAGAAGGACCGGUUGAUGUCGAGUCAGGCGAGGAUGAAGAGCAUACAGAUGCAGCUACAGCAUCAGCUAUCUAUGGUCAAAGUCACUGGGGCGUUCCAGAAGUCCACCGAGAUCAUGAAGACCACCAACCAGCUCAUCAAACUCCCUCAGCUGAACGCUACGAUGCGCGAGAUGAGCAUGGAGAUGAUGAAGUCUGGGAUCAUGGAAGAGAUGAUGGAAGAAACGCUCGACUCGGUCAAUGACGAUGAGGAGCUGGAACAGGAAGCAGAUGAGGAGGUAGAUAAGGUGCUGUUUGAGUUGACAGAUGGGAAGCUGGGGCAGGCUGGGCGUGUCGGUGGGGCAUUACCUGCUCAAAAGGUGGACGAGGACGAGGACGAAGCAGAGUCAGAGCGGAUGCGGAAAGAGAUGGCAGAGCUGCUCAGCUCAUAG